AGUAAGAGUGGAAGCACUGUGCUGGAGAGAGAAUCACACCCACCCCUUGGCAUGGUCCCUCUCUUGCUCUGAGGCAGUGGUUUGGAGCACAGCUCAACUCAAGCUACUCCAGAGUGCAGAGAGAGAGAGAGAGAACAAGGGAGAGCAGUUCCAGCAACACACAGCCUGCCGUUGCCUUGCCUUGCCGGGGCAACACACACACCGUACCUGCAGAUAUGCGGCGUAGCUUCAGGACUUACUCGACAGACAGCGUAGGCAGUGAUGUGGUCUUUGCUGAUGAGAGCUGCUACCAGGAGAUGCUCAGGGCCAGCUAUGCAAAGAAAGAUGAAAGGGAUCGGGUUCAGAAAAAGACCUUCACCAAAUGGGUGAACAAGCACUUAUUGAAGUCCCAGAGGCACAUCACAGACCUUUAUGAGGACCUCAGAGAUGGACACAACCUCAUCUCCCUGCUGGAGGUGCUCUCGGGCGAGACACUGCCCCGUGAGAAAGGGCGCAUGCGUUUCCACAAACUCCAGAAUGUACAGAUUGCUCUGGACUUCCUCAAACACAGACAGGUCAAGCUGGUCAACAUCAGAAAUGAUGACAUUGCAGAUGGAAACCCCAAGCUGACGUUAGGACUGAUAUGGACCAUCAUCCUCCACUUCCAGAUCUCCGACAUCCAGGUGAACGGCCAGUCGGACGACAUGACGGCCAAGGAGAAGCUUCUGCUGUGGUCCCAGCGCAUGUCGGAGGGCUACCACGGCAUGCGCUGCGACAACUUCACCACCAGCUGGAGGGACGGCAAGCUCUUCAACGCCAUCAUACACAAACACAGGCCAGGUUUGAUUGACAUGGGAAAAGUUUACCGACAGACCAACCUGGAGAAUCUGGAGCAGGCGUUCAGCGUGGCGGAGCGCGAGCUGGGCGUGACCCGUCUGCUCGAUCCCGAAGAUGUUGACGUUCCCCACCCUGAUGAGAAGUCCAUCAUCACCUACGUUUCCUCUGUUUAUGAUGUCAUGCCCAGAGUACCCGAUGUCCAAGAUGGUGUCAAAGCCAACGAGCUGGAGCUGCGCUGGCAGGAGUACUAUGAGCUGGUCACCAUGCUGCUGCAGUGGAUGAGGCACCACAUCAUCGUGUUCGAGGAGAGGAAGUUCCCCACCAGCUACGACGAGAUAGACGUUCUCUGGCGUCAGUUCCUCAAGUUCAAAGAGACCGAGCUCCCAGCGAAGGAGGCUGACAAGAACCGCUCCAAACAGAUCUUCAGAUCCUUUGAGGGUGCUGUUCAGGCAGGUCAGAUCAAAGUUCCCUCCAACUACCACCCGUUUGACGUGGAGAAGGAAUGGGGUCGGCUGCACGUCGCCAUUCUGGAGAGGGAGCGCCUGCUGAGAACCGAGUUUGAAAGGAUGGAGCGCCUCCAGAGGAUUGUCAGUAAAGUGCAGAUGGAGUCGGGCGUCUGUGAGGAGCAGCUCAACCAGGUGGAGACUCUGCUGCAAACGGACGUGCGCAUGAUGAGUGCAGGUAAGCCUGCCCAGCACACCGGCGAGGUGGAGGCCGACCUGGACAAAGCGGAGGGCAUGAUCCGUCUCCUGUUCAACGACGUCCAGCAGCUCAAAGAUGGACGCCACUUACAAGCUGAACAAAUGUACAGAAGGGUGUACCGACUUCACGAGCGCCUGGUGAACCUGCGCAGCGAGUACAACCUCCGUCUGAAGUCUGGCGUGACCCUCACCCAAGUGCCAAUGACACAACAGGUGGUGCAGGCGCCCAUGUCUCAGAUCCCCAUGUCCCAGGUGUCCAUGCAGCAGCAGUCGUCGCGCGUGCGUCCCGAGCUGGACGAGGUGACGCUGCGCUACGUCCAGGACCUGCUGGCGUGGGUGGAGGAGAACCAGCGGCGCAUCGACGGGGCCGAGUGGGGCGCCGACCUGCCCUCCGUGGAGUCCCAGCUGGGCAGCCACCGAGGCCUGCACCAGUCCGUCGAGGACUUCAAGUCCAAGAUCGACCGCGCCAGGGCUGACGAGAGUCAGCUAACCCCUGUGAGUAAGGGAGCCUACAGAGACUAUCUGGGGAAACUGGACCUGCAGUAUGCAAAGCUCCUGAACUCCAGCAAAUCACGCCUGCGCUGCCUGGACCAGCUUCACGCCUUCGUGACCGCCGCCACCAAAGAGCUGAUGUGGCUCAACGAGAAAGAGGAGGAGGAGGUCAACUACGACUGGAGCGACCGCAACAGCAACAUGACCACCAAGAAGGACAACUACUCAGGUCUGAUGCGUGAGCUGGAGCAUAGGGAGAGGAAGGUGAACACUGUUCAGGCCACAGGAGACAAACUGCUGAAGGAGGGCCACCCAGGCAGGAAAACCAUCGAGGCCUUCACUGCAGCCCUACAGACCCAGUGGAGCUGGAUCCUCCAGCUGUGCUGCUGUAUCGAGACACACCUAAAAGAAAACACUGCCUACUACCAGUUCUUCAAUGACGUGAAAGAUGCCCAGGACCAGAUGAAGAAGAUCAACGACACGAUGAAGAGGAAGUACGUGUGUGACCGCUCCAUCACCGUCACCAGGCUGGAGGACCUGCUGCAGGACUCAGCGGAUGAGAAGGAGCAGCUGAACGAGUUCAAGACUCACCUGGACGGCCUCAACAGGCGCGCCAAGACCGUGGUGCAGCUGAAGCCGCGCAACCCGGCCAACUCCGUCAAGGCCAAGCAGCCCGUGCAGGCCGUGUGCGACUUCAAACAGAUGGAGAUCACAGUGCACAGGGGUGAAGACUGCACGCUGCUGAACAACACCCAGCCCUCCAAGUGGAAGGUGAAGAACCCCAAAGGAGGAGAGGCCACCAUGCCGUCCGUCUGCUUUGUUGUCCCCCCAACCAACAAGGAGGCGGUGGACGGCGUCAAUGAGUUGGACGGCGGUCUGAAGAAGCUGUUUGUGCUCUGGCAGAGGCUUCACGUGGACAUGAAGAGCCUCCUGUCCUGGCAGUACCUCACCAGGGACAUGCAGCUCAUCAACUCCUGGAACUUCCUCAUGUUCAAGACGCUGAAGGUGGAGGAGUACAACCUGGCACUGAGGAACCUGGAGCUGCACUACCAGAACUUCAUGAAGGACAGCCAGGACUCGGAGCUGUUCGGCGCCGACGACCGCCUGCAGGCUGAGAACGGCUUCCAGUCUGCCAAGCAGCACUACGACGUCCUCCUGCAGUCUGUGGAGCAAGGUGAGCAGGAUGAGUCUCUGUGUAAGACGUAUAUGACCCAGAUCCGAGACCUGCGCCUGAGACUGGAGAACUGCGAGACUCGCACCGUGACCCGCCUCAGACACCCGGUGGACAAGGAGCCUCUCAAGGCCUGCGCCCAGAGGACCAAUGACCAGAAGCAAGUGCAGAUCGAGCUGGAGAGCAUUAAGAAAGAUCUGGACAAGGUGGCCACUCAGACGCAGAGCGUGCUGGCGUCCCCCGAGGCCUCCAGCUCCGUGCCCAUGCUGCGCUCCGAGCUGGACAUCACCCUUAAGAAGAUGGAGCACGUCCACAGCCUGUCCUCCGUCUACAUGGACAAGUUGAAGACCAUCGACGUGGUGAUCCGCAGCACACAAGAAGCUGAGGAUGCACUCAAGAAGUUCGAAGGCGAGCUGCGUAACGUCAAUAAGAUUCCUGCAGAGGAGAAGGAAGUGAAGACUCACCUCGACCAGCUCAAGAAACUGCGUACGGAUGCGGAGAAAGAGCAGGCCACGUUCGAGCGCUUGGACCGGGAGGUCCAGAAGGCUGUAGCAGUGCACGACCGCAUGCGGACGGUCCACAGCGAACGCGACGCAGAGCUCGAGCACUACCGCUCGCUGGUCGGCAACUUGCAGGAGCGCUGGCAAGCCGUGUUCGCCCAGAUCGACCUGCGCCAACGUGAGCUGGACAACCUGGGCCGACAGAUGAAGCUGUACAGAGACAGCUACGACUGGCUCAUCAACUGGUCAGCUGACGCCAAACAGAGACAGGAGAAGAGCUGCGCUGCCCCCAUCAGUGGCAGCAAAUCGCUCAAGGACCAACUCUCUCAGGAGAAGAAACUCCUGCAGGAGAUUGAACAAAACAAAGAUAAAGUGGAUGAGUGUCAGAAAUAUGCGAAGUCUUACAUCGAUGCAGUGAAGGACUAUGAGCUUCAGCUGGUCACCUACAAAGCCCUGGGAGAGCCACUGGCCUCUCCCGCCAAGAAAUCCAAAAUGGAGUCAGUGUCCGACAACAUUAUUCAAGAGUAUGUCAAUAUGAGAACUCGCUACAGUGAGCUGCUCACACUCAUGAGCCAGUACAUCAUCUUCAUCACGGACACACAGCGCCGCCUAGAGGACGAGGAGAAAACCGCUGAAAAGAUAAAAGCAGAGGAGAAGAAAAAGAUGGCAGAAAUGCAGGCAGAGUUAGACAAACAGAGGCAGUUAGCCGAGACUCACGCCAAAGCCAUCGCCAAGGCCGAGAAAGAGGCCGAGGAGCUCAAGCUCAAAAUGAAAUCGGAGGUCAGCAAGAGGGAGGUGGUGUCUGUGGACGCCGAGAAGCAGAAGCAGAACAUCCAACAGGAGUUGCACCAACUUAAGAGCCUGUCUGAGCAAGAGAUCAAAACCAAAGCGCAGCAAGUGGAGGAGGCCCUUCAGAGUCGCACCAAAGUCGAAGAGGAGAUUCGCAUAAUCCGGCUACAGCUUGAGACCACCGUAAAGCAGAAGUCCACGGCCGAAGCUGAGCUUCAGCAGCUGAGAGACAAGGCCGCUGAGGCAGACAGGCUGAGGAAAGCAGCACAGGAGGAAGCUGAGAAACUGCGCUCUCAGGUGACGGAGGAGACACAACGGAAACGCAAGGCGGAGGACGAGCUGAAGAAGAAAGCCGAGGCCGAGAAAGAGGCAGCCAAGCAGAAACAGAAAGCUCUGGAGGACUUGGAGAAAUACAAGCUCCAGGCUGAGGAAGCUGAGCGGUGCCUCAAACAGGCAGAGAUAGAAAAGCAACGUCAGAUCAAGGUCGUUGAAGAGGUCGCUGUAAAAAGCGCGGCAGCAGAACUCCAGACCAAGCGUCUGUCAUUGGUCGAGAAAACGUCCAAGCUGGAGGAGUCCCUCAAACAAGAGCAGGACGCAGUCCUCCAGUUGCAGGAGGAAGCAGAAGGUCUCAAGAGGCAGCAAGCAGAGGCAUCCAAAGCCAGAGAAGAGGCUGAAUCAGAGCUGGAGAAAUGGAGGCAGAAGGCCAACGAGGCCCUGAGACUGAGGCUUCAGGCUGAGGAGGAGGCACAGAAGAAAAGCCUGGCCCAGCAGGAUGCUGAGAAACAGAAAGAGGUGGCCGAGCGUGAGGCUAAGAAGAGAGCCAAGGCGGAAGAAGCUGCUCUGAAGCAGAAGGUAAUGGCAGAGAAGGAGCUGGAGAAGCAGAGGAAGUUGGCAGACGAAACCGCUCAACAGAAGCUCUCUGCCGAGCAAGAGCUCAUCCGCCUCAGAGCUGACUUUGACCAUGGAGCGCAACAGAGGUCCCUACUGGACAGCGAACUCCAGAGGCUGAAGAACGAGGCCAGUGCUGCUGAAAAACAGAGGAAACAGCUAGAAGAGGAACUGGCCAAAGUUAGAGCCGAAAUGGACACUCUCCUUCAGGCCAAGUCUGCAGCAGAGAAAGAGUCCAUGUCCACCACGGAAAAGAGCAAACAGUUGAUUGAAUCUGAGGCUGCCAAAAUGAGGACACUGGCUGAAGAAGCAUCUAAGCUGAGAACAGUCGCAGAGGAGGCCAAGAGACAAAGACAAGUCGCCGAGGAAGAAGCAGCGCGACAGAGAGGCGAAGCGGAGAAGAUCCUGAAAGAAAAGCUGGCCGCAAUAAAUGAGGCCACAAGGCUUAAAACUGAAGCCGAGAUAGCACUCAAGGAAAAAGAGGCUGAAAACGAACGUCUUAAAAGGAAAGCUGAAGAUGAGGCAUAUCAGAGGAAACAGCUUGAAGACCAAGCAGCUCAGCAUAAGCAGGAUAUUGAUGAGAAGAUGAACCAGCUGAAGAAAGCCUCAGAUACAGAGCUGGAGCGACAGAAGAAAAUUGUCGAGGAAACAGAGAUACACAGAAAAGUCGUGGAGGAGGAAAUACGCAUCCUCAAACUCAACUUUGAGAAGGCCUCAGUAGGAAAGACUGACCUUGAGAAGGAGCUGAACAAACUCAAAGGCAUUGCAGAUGAGACCCAGAAGAGCAAAACCAAGGCAGAGGGGGAGGCUGAGAAAUUCAGAAAGCUUGCCCAAGAAGAGGAGAAGAAGAGGAAAGAGGCCGAAGAGAAGGUGAAGAAGAUCAAAGCAGCCGAGGAGGAGGCAGCAAGACAACGCAAGGCAGCUCAGGAGGAGGUUGAGCGCCUCAAGCAGAAAGCUGCUGAAGCCAACAAGCAGAAGGAGACAGCCGACAAAGAGGCGGAGAAACAGAUCACAGCAGCCAAAGAAGCUGCCCUGAAAUGCUCUACUGCCGAAAAGCAGGCUCAAGAUAUCCUGGUACAACAGAAAGAGGACAGUGCAGCUCAGGCUAAGCUUAAGGAGGAGUUUGAGAAGGCCAAGAAGCUGGCUAAGGAUGCAGCAAAAGCCAAAGAAAAGGCAGAGAAGGAGGCUGCUCUCUUACGGCAAAAGGCAGAAGAUGCUGAACGUCAGAAGCAAGCAGCUGAGGCAGAAGCAGCCAAGCAGACCAAGGCCCAGGAGGAUGCUGAGAAGCAGAGGAAAGAAGCUCAGGAGGAAGCUGCAAAGAGAGCCGAAGCAGAAGCAGCCGCCCUCAAACAAAAACAGCAAGCUGACGCUGAGAUGGCCAAGCACAAGCAACUGGCUGAGAAAACCCUCAAACAGAAGUCUCAGGUUGAGCAAGAACUUACAAAGGUUAAAGUUAAACUGGAUGAAACAGAUAAGCAAAAAUCUGUGCUGGAUGGAGAGCUACAGAGGCUAAAGGAUGAAGUCGGCGAUGCUAUGAAACAGAAGGCCCUGGUGGAAGAGGAACUCACCAAAGUUAAGAUUCAAAUGGAGGAGCUAGUCAAAUUAAAGCUCAAAAUUGAAGAGGAAAACAAACGUCUCCACAAGAAAGACAAAGAGAGCACACAGAAACUACUAGAAGAGGAGGCUGAGAACAUGAAGAAGCUGGCAGAAGAAGCUGCCAGGCUCAGUGUCGAGGCUCAAGAAGCAGCCAGACUACGAGAGGUUGCAGAGAAUGACCUCGCCCAGCAAAGGGAGCUGGCAGACAAAAUGCUCCAGGAAAAAAUGCAGGCCAUCCAAGAAGCCACAACACUCAAGGAAGAAGCCGAAAAGCUCCAGAAAGCAAAAGAUAAGGCACAAAAGGAAGCUCAGAAACUCCUUCAGGACAAAAACCAGAUGCAGCAGAGAUUGGAGGAGGAGGCUGAAGGUUUCCAGAAGUCUCUAGAAGCGGAGCGGAAAAGGCAACGUGAGGCCACAGCUGAGGCGGAGAAGCUGAAGCAGCAGGUGUCACAGCUCAGCCAAGCCCAGGCCAAAGCCGAGGAAGAGGCCAACAAGUACAAAAAUCAGGCAGACGAGAUCCGCAUUCGCCUACAGAACACCGAGAAGCAAACCUCAGAGAAAGUCACCGUUGUUGAGAAGCUUGAAGUGCAGAGACUCCAAAGCAGUAAGGAGGCAGAGGACCUCCGCAAAGCUAUAGAGAAACUUGAGAAAGAAAAAGAAAAAUUGAAAAAAGAGGUCGCUGAUGUACAAAAUAAGUCAAAAGAGAUGUCUGAUGCACAGCAAGAGCAGAUUAAACAGGAAAAGACCAUAUUGCAAAAGACGUUCCUUACAGAAAAAGAAGGGCUGUUGAAGAAAGAGAAAGCCAUUGAAGAAGAGAAGAAAAAGCUGGAGAAACAACUGGAAGAUGAAACAAAGAAGGCAAAGGCUCUCAAAGAUGAACAGGAACGUCAGAAGAAACAGAUGGAAGAGGAUAAGAAAAAGCUGAAGGCUAGCAUGGAUGCCGCUCUUAAGAAGCAGAAAGAUGCAGAGGACGAAAUGCUCAACAAGCAGAAAGAAUUGCAGGAGCUGGAAAAGAAGAAGCUUGCUCAAGAGAAGCUCCUUGCCGAGGAGAACAAAAAGCUUCGGGAGAAGCUUCAGCAGCUUGAAGGUGCACAAAAAUCUCCAACAUCCAGCAAAGAAAUCGAGAUUCAGACUGACAAGGUUCCUGAGGGUGAGGUGGUGACUAUGACCAUGGUGGGGGCAACAAAGAAAGUCCUUAAUGGCUCAGAGGUGGAUGGAGGAAAAAAGGAAGAAGAACCCAUAGCUUUCAAUGGAAUCCGAGGCAAAGUUCCUGCAAAGAGGCUUCACGACAUUGGUGCACUGAGCAAAAAGGAAUUCGACAAAUUAAAGAAAGGAAAAACUACCGUACAAGAACUUAGCAAGACCGAUAAAGUUAAAAUGUGCCUGCAGGGCAAAGACAGUAUAGGUGGUCUCAUAGUGGAACCAAACCAGAAAAUGAGCAUCUAUCAAGCCCUGAAUGAAAAGAAGAUUGCACCUGGCACAGCCAUUAUGCUUCUUGAAGCCCAAGCAGCGUCAGGGUUCAUCACAGACCCUGUAAAGAACAAGAAGCUUUCUGUCAAUGAAGCUGUAAAAGAGGGAUUGGUUGGUCCAGAGCUCCAUAAUAAACUGCUAUCAGCAGAGCGGGCAGCAACAGGAUUCAAAGAUCCCUUCACUGGUGACACAAUCUCUGUCUUUGAGGCCAUGAAAAAGGGACUGAUUGCUGAGGACCAGGCCACAAAGCUCCUUGACGCUCAGCUAGCAACCGGCGGAAUAAUCGAUCCAGUCAACAGUCAUCGGGUGCCUUUACAAACGGCUGUUAAACAGGGUCAAUUAGAUGAUGAGCUCAGCAAAGUUCUCUCAAACCCACCUGCAGACAAGAAGGGAUUCGUCGACCCAGACACAAAGGAAAGCCUCACUUAUCAGCAGUUGCUGGAGAAGUGCAAACCAGACCCUCAAACAAAUCUUCCCAUGUUACCCAUAACAGAGAAAGCUGCCCUGACUGAAGGGACACUCACAGAUGAGGAGACCAAAGACGUGCUCAGUAAGGCCAAUGUGUCUGUUCCAUUUGGAAGAUUCCAGGGAAAGACUGUGACCAUCUGGGAAGUCAUCAACUCAGAGUACUUUACUGUGGAACAGAGACGGGAUCUGAUUCGCCAGUACAAGAGUGGGAAAAUAACUGUCGAGAAGAUCAUCAAAAUUGUAAUCACAUGUGUAGAAGACAAAGAGAAGAGCAAAGAACUGGCUUUCGAAGGAAUAAGAUCCCCUGUGACUGCCUCAGAGCUGCUGGACUCAAAGGUUAUAAACAAAGACCUGUUCAAUAAACUGAGCAAUGGCAAAGCUUUAGUCAAGGACAUCUCUGAGACGGAUGCAGUGAAGAAAGCCCUGAAGGGUACAAACAGCAUUGCUGGGGUGUUUAUCGAGUCCACCAAGGAGAAAAUGCCAUUCUACCAAGCCAUGAAGAAAGGUUUUAUCGGAACAGAGACUGCACUGAACAUGCUAGAGGCUCAAGCCGGAACUGGAUCUUUAAUUGACCCCAUCAAAAACCAGAAAAUGACCGUGGACGAGGCUGUCAAGUCGGGUCUUGUAGGCCCAGAGCUCCACGAGAAACUGCUGUCAGCUGAAAGAGCAGUAAGUGGGUACAAAGACCCCUACACUGGAAAGACAGUUUCCCUGUUUGAAGCCAUGAACAAAGAUCUAAUUUCCAAAGACCAAGGUGUUCGACUCCUACAGACCCAGUUAGCCACCGGGGGCAUUGUUGAUCCAGUCAAGAGUUACCGUAUUCCACAGGAUGUUGCCUGCAAACGUGGCUAUUUCAGUGAGGACUUAAGCACCUUAAACACCCCCUCUGACACAACCAGAGUAUUCUAUGAUCCCAUUACACAGGAGAAUGUUACAUAUGCACAACUUAAAGAGAAAUGCAUCACUGAUAAACAGACAGGACUUCCACUGCUGUCAGUGUCAGGCAAAGCCAUUAAGUCAAAAGAGGACCACAAGUACACUGAAGGUCAGACAAAGGAUGCACUCAAUCAGGCAACCAUGGAACUGCAUAGUGGGCCCUUCAAAGGAAGGACAGUCACCAUCUGGGAGAUCAUCCAUUCAGAAUAUCUCACAGAGGAGCAGAGAAUUGAGUUGAUUCGUCAGUACAGAAUAGGACAAAUCACCAUUGAAAGAAUGAUGAAGAUUGUGAUCACAAUGAUGGAUGAGAAUGAGACCAAGAAGAAACAAGCCAGUUUUGAGGGGCUCAGAGGCCCAGUAACAGCCAGCUCCCUGUUCGAGUCCAAAAUCAUUGAUAAGUCAAUGUAUGACCAGCUCCAGCAAGGCAAAAAGAAACCCAAAGACAUUGGAGAAACUGAUGCCGUGAAAAAAUACCUGCAAGGUGGUGAUGUCAUUGGCGGCGUCUUCCUGGAGAAAUCUAAAGAGAAGGUCAGUGUUUACCAAGCAAUGAAGCAGAAAAUGUUGACUCCAGAUACAACCCUCUCUCUGCUGGAAGCACAAGCAGCCACUGGAUUUAUCAUCGAUCCUGUGAAGAACCAGCUGUUUACCGUUGACGACGCAGUUAAGGCUGGUGUGGUUGGCCCUGAACUUCAUGAAAAACUUCUGUUAGCAGAAAAGGCAGUGACUGGUUAUAAAGACCCGUACACGGGUAGCAAGAUCUCCCUGUUGCAAGCCAUGCAAAAGCAACUUGUUUUGCGAGAACAUGCUAUCCCACUGCUUGAAGCACAAGUGGCCACAGGUGGCAUUAUUGAUCCAGUGAACAGCCAUCGUGUCCCCAAUGAUGUAGCCAUUCAGCGGGGCUAUCUCACAAAGCCGGUUGCCAAAUCCUUUGCCAGCCCAUCGGGUGACAUCAUGGGCUUUACUGAUCCCAGCACAGGUGAGAGUGCCACUUACAAGCAACUGAAAGAAAAAUGCAUGAAAGAUCCAGACACAGGGGUGUAUCUCCUGCCACUUACUGCGGCCGAGGCACCUCCCAAGGAAGAGAAGUCCUACGUAUGCACAGAGCAGCAGGCACAGACUGACCUGGCAACCACCACAGUUGAUCUUCCCCUUGAAAGUUUUGGUGGAAAGCAAAUGUCCCUGUGGGAAGUCAUGCAAUCCAACAUGCUCCCUGACGAAGAAAAGCAAAGACUUCUUGAGCAGUAUAGAACUGGAAAGAUAACUAAGGAAAGAAUGGUCAUAAUAGUCAUCGAAAUAAUUGAGCAAAGGGAGAUUAUAAAGACGGAGCAGAGCAUGUCUUGUGAUGUAAUCAGGCGCAGAAUUACCAUUGAUGAGCUCUACAACGCACGCAUCAUAAACCUAGAAACCUACAACUUACUGAAAGCUGGCAAGAAAACUAUUCGUGAAGUUAUGGAGAUGUCAACAGUCAAACAGUAUCUGUUCGGCACUGGCUGCAUAGCAGGUGUGAUCUCAGACACAUUCACCAAAGUCAGCAUUUAUCAAGCCAUGAAGAGGAACCUCAUCAACCCUGAUGUAACUAUUAGUCUUUUGGAAGCACAGGCAGCGACAGGCUUCAUGAUCGACCCAGUAAAAGAUGAAAUGCUAACAGUUGAUGAAGCUGUGCGCAAAGGCCUGGUUGGCCCUGAAAUCCAUGACAAACUCUUGUCGGCUGAGAGGGCAGUUACAGGCUACAAAGAUCCUUACAGUGGGAAGGUCAUCUCCCUCUACCAGGCAAUGAAGAAAGAUUUAGUUCCUGAAGAUUAUGCCCUAAAACUUAUGGAAGCUCAAGUCGCAACUGGUGGAAUUGUGGAUCCAGAAUACAACUUCCACCUGCCAACUGAGGUUGCUACCCAACGCGGCUACAUUAACAAAGAAAUGAUUGAGAGGCUCUCAGAUCCAAGCAAUCCUGUGACAGAAUUUGUGGACCCCACCACAGAUGAGAGAGUGUCUUACGCUCAGUUACUCAAGCGCUGCAAAGUGGAUAAAGAUAGUGGCCUCUACUUGCUGUCUCUUGCUGAUAAAGGACUACUCUUCAAGGGUCUCAGGAAGCAGAUCACCCUGGACGAGCUGCUUCGUUCUCAGAUCAUUGACCAAAAGACUUACGAUGGGCUCAUGCAGGGUACCCUUUCCGUUGAGGAGAUAACUAAAACCAUCCAGAAAUACCUUGUAGGCACAAGCUGUAUUGCAGGUGUUUACGUAGAGGCUAGCAAAGACCGCCUAUCAAUCUACCAGGCAAUGAAGAAGAACAUGAUCAGGCCAGGAACUGCCUUUGAGCUUCUUGAGGCACAAGCAGCAACAGGAUACAUCAUUGAUCCUAUCAAAAACUUAAGGCUGAACGUAAGUGAAGGUGUAAAAAUGGGAAUCGUGGGUCCAGAGUUUAAAGACAAGCUUCUCUCUGCAGAACGAGCUGUGACUGGCUACAAAGACCCAUACUCUGGCAAGGUGAUCUCUCUGUUCCAAGCCAUGAAGAAGGGGCUGAUCUUGAAAGACCAUGGCAUCCGUCUCCUUGAAGCACAGAUAGCGACAGGUGGAAUCAUCGACCCCGAGGAGAGUCACCGUGUAACCGUGGAGACAGCCUAUCAACGCGGCCUGUUCGACCAGGAGAUGAAUGAAAUCCUUACAGACCCUUCUGACGACACCAAAGGCUUCUUUGACCCCAACACAGAGGAGAAUCUGACCUACCUUCAGCUGAUGGAGCGAUGCAUGACUGACCCUGAGACUGGAUUAAUCCUCCUUCCUCUGAAAGAGAAGAAACGUGAAAGGAAGACAUCCUCCAAAUCAUCUGUCCGCAAACGCAGAGUGGUGAUCGUGGAUCCCGAGACUGGCAAGGAAAUGUCUGUGUAUGAAGCCUACCGUAAAGGGCUUAUUGACCAUCAAACCUAUCUGGAGCUUGCCGAGCAGGAGUGCGAGUGGGAAGAAAUCACAAUCUCCUCCUCAGACGGUGUUGUAAAGUCCAUGAUCAUCGAUCGUAGAUCUGGACGCCAGUAUGACAUUGAUGAUGCCAUCUCUAAAGGGCUCAUUGACAAGUCAGCCUUAGAUCAGUACCGAGCUGGCACACUGUCAAUCACAGAGUUUGCUGACAUGCUCUCAGGAAACAUGAGUGGCUUCCGUUCACGCUCAUCCUCAUUUGGUUCCACCUCAUCCUAUUCCAGCCCAACUCCCACAAUCAAAACACCCGCAACCACUUGGAACGAUCCAACAGAGGAGACUGGUCCAGUGGCUGGAAUUCUGGACACGGACACCCUGGAAAAGGUGACUGUAACAGAGGCCAUGCACCGUAAUCUGGUGGACAACAUCACUGGCCAACGGCUCCUGGAGGCCCAGGCAUGCACAGGCGGAAUCAUCGACCCCAACACUGGCGAAAGGUUCCCCGUUGCCGACGCAAUGGAGAAAGGGCUUGUGGACAAGAUCAUGGUCGACCGCAUAAACCUGGCCCAGAAGGCUUACAACGGAUUUGAGGAUCCCCGCACCAAAACAAAAAUGUCUGCCGCUCAAGCCUUAAAGAAGGGCUGGCUUUACUAUGAAGCUGGCCAGCGAUUCCUUGAAGUCCAGUACCUUACAGGGGGUCUGAUUGAACCAGAAGUCCAAGGACGGGUAUCAAUUGAUGACGCUGUUACGAAAGGGACUCUUGAUGCACGGACUGCACAGAAACUACGCGAUGUCAGUGCCUACUCCAAAUACCUCACCUGUCCCAAGACAAAGCUGAAGAUCUCUUACAAAGACGCCAUGGAGAGAAGCAUGAUCGAGGAAGGAACUGGCCUGCGCUUGCUGGAAGCCUCCUCACAAUCAAGCAAAGGCCUGUACAGCCCCUACAGUAUCAGUGGCUCUGGCUCUGCCUCUGGUUCCCGACCGGGCUCAAGAACUGGAUCAAGGUCUGGCUCUAGACGGGGUAGCUUUGAUGCCACCAGUGGCGCCGGGUUCUCUAUGGGCUUCUCCUCAACAUCCUACUCCUCCCCCAGCUUUGGUCGUCGCUACACUGCUGGAGAGCAUGGUGGGCUGUGUGUGGAUGAGCUGAGGAUGGCCCUUAAAGCACUGGCAUCAGGCAGGAACUGUUGCUCUGAAGACGGGAUUGCAUUCACUCUGCCUCCAAUGCAGUGUUCAUUAGUUGCUUAGUUUUAAAAAAAACUUCAUUCAUUCAUUCUGCUCUGCAUGUGGUUGUUAUGGGCCUUUGCUUAUAUUUGUAUUAUUGGCUGAGACUUUGUUGUUGAAUUUUAAAUUUAUUUUGAAGAUUCUCUUAUUUUUCUUGAGUUAACUUAAGCUCAUUUUGUUCUACCUUCUUCCUGUCUCAUCCAAAAUAUUUUAUUCAGAUUAUAAAUACUCUCAUUUUUACUGUACAUUUUUAUUUGUAGAACGGACUUCCACCGUACAAGAAAUUAAAUGUAAAUGUUGUUUCUAUGAUUGUACACAGUACAUAAGUUAGGUCAGAGUUAUUUUUAGAAGUUAACGUUUUGUUAACAGCCUGCAUUUUUUUAAAAGAUAAAAGCUCAAGUCUACUGUCUGCAGAGCAGAAUAAAAAAUAACACAAAUCGCUAUGUAACACUGCCCAGAGAUUGGUUCAAGGAACAAAGCUUUAGAAUCCUCUACCAAUCCAGUCUCCAAUGCCACAGCCAUGCCACUAUGAUGCUCCCACCAUCUGCAAAUCAUAAUAAAUCAACAGAUGUCCAACACUCAUCUGACAACCUGACAAUUUGGAUCAAACACACAGUCAUAGUGGACGGAUAAGUUCCCAGUUAUUGCUGCAAGUAAAAAGCCUUCUCAGGAGUCACUGAGGCCAUACAAGAUAUGAGGAAAAAAAGCCUGCCUGCUAAAUGCCAUAAUCCUAAACAUACCAUCUGUUGUCAAACUGCAACUUCGAGGAAGACUUCAGAGACACCAUCUGCCUCCAGUUUCUCUGCAUUGCUUUCUUGUUUUGUGCCAAGAGGGACCUCAGGAUUAGAUGUUGUGAAGAUCUUAUCAUCCAUGAUGUUUGACCUGGUAUCCUACAGAGACACCAUGAAUGAGUCUAUGGUGUCGCCUUCCAACCUCCUAGUCCACCGAUGCUUUGAAGACUUCUUAACUCGAGAGUAUUAAUUUACAUUUCAGCUCAGUGUCUUUAUGCAGCCUUACAUAAAAAUGCACCAUUACAACCACUGGAAUUAUUAAUACAGUGUAUUAGUAUAUCGUCUUAAUGUCAGUACAGUAGUUUAAAUCACGGCAGCAACUGGCACAGGCUCUUCUAACAAGAUUGUUUUUCUCCAUGGUAAAAAAGCAGAGCACUUUCAACCAUACAUAUAACUUGAGAAUACUAAAUCUAGGUAUGCCUACAUUUUAACAUGAAUAUACAAGAUUCAGUAUUUCCAGAUCAUUUUGCCUCUAAUUUGCACUUUCUUGCGGCACUUCCUAAAUAGCUAUAGCACAACAUAAACAAUACUUGAUCAAACAGAAAGGAAACUCUGGGUUUGGACUGCACAUGUUUUAGCUUAUUGGAGUAGUCAUGAUGAUGCUCAAGAAAUUCCUUCAUUUGUGGUAGAAAUAGAUUACUAAAGCUAUGUCACUUGAACCGACGUCUGUGUUAAGCCCUACACCAUUGCUAUUUCAUUUCCUUCCUUACUUCCCUCUGACUUCAGAUUUUGUUUUCAUUUCAAUUAUAUAUUUUCGUAUUAUAUAUUCUAUUUUUUGGCUUUGCAUGUUUUAAUAACAUAAUUUCAAGAGAUGCAAUAAAACAGCUGUACCUGACUUUUUUAAGUACUUGCUAAGCUACAUGUCUGUUGGGGGGGGAACUGAUCUGAGGCAUGGGUAGACCUAUAUUUAAAGGAAGAAGUUAUGUCCUAAUGUAAAUAAACUAAUGGUAUAUACUGUA